CGCUAAACGCGCACGCUCUACCCUCGCCCACUGCAAGCGCCCAUUUUGCACUCGCUCGGAGCACACGCUUGUUAGGCCUUUUCUCGUGCAUAGAAGCGUACGUGGAGUAGUGUGUCACCUGUGCCUUGCCACUCGGAGCCUCGAAUUUGGUCAUCGCUCACGUUUCCGAACAUGGAGGAGAGCGAUCAACAGCCGCAACUGCUGAGCGUCUGCAUGGAAGGCGAGCAGGAGAUGGUGAUCCAGGUGGAGAAUGCUAGAAGCUUACAGGGAACCACACUGGUGCCUGUACAGGUGAUCCAAGACGUGUCAGCGAUUCCUCGCAAUGGUGGUAUUGAGUGGAACAGCCGGGAGAGCAAGGUCCUGCUGGAGAACUACGUGCGCUACGUGCCGCAGGUUGGGCCGGACAAGACGUUCCGCAGCAAGAAGGACAUGUUCAAGCGCAUUGCCGAGCACAUCUUCGAGGAGACGGGGCAGCGGCGGACAGGAGAUCAGUGCGAGAACCGGUACAAAACCAUCAUGCGCCGAAAGAGGCGCAAUGGAGAAGGGCGCACCACUGGACUCGCCAGGGCUCGCAUCCUUCUGCACAAGGCCGCUGUAGCAGAGGACGGGGAGGAGGAGGACAUAAUAGAGGAAGAAGAACCAGAGAUUGAGGAUGAGGACGAUCAGCCUAAGCAGGAAGAAUUGCAGCCAGAAGUGCAGCAGGAGGAGCCCGAGGACGACGAACCAGAACUGCUGGCUGAACUGGCCGCAAUGGGUGAUCACGAGCAGCAGAUGAUCCGACGGAGCUCGAGAAGGCGCAAGAACACUUCGGCAAUUGACCAGCAGCUGCUGCUCGACCGGCUGCACGAACUGCACGAGCAGCGUGAACGAAGACGGGACGAGCGUGAACGUCGCAGGGACCUAAGGCACGCCGAACAAAUGAGCCUGCUCCGAAGGAUCCUCAGUGUGCUGGAGCGGCAGCCGCUUACGACGACGACACCGACCGUAAGUCGCCUACGAGUGGCUGCGACUCACCGGUGACACCUGCCGCCCACCGGUUGUGUGCAUUGAAAAUUGUGUGGGUGCUGUAUUUAUAUCUUGCUGAUAUUACAGUUGUGAAAGACAUUGAUCACAAAUUAACCUUGUCUUAUGGAGAGUCAGGUUGUUGGUUGCCAAUAAGAACCAUGGCAAGUUUUCUGCGUGAAUGUUUUUUAUGUUGCUAAAAUGCCAUGUUUUAUUGUUUAACCUGACCUCUCAUGUUGAAGUGUAGGGCCGGCCUAGCAUGUGUGCUGCAGUCAGAUUAAUAUCGUUAUGAAGCAGUGUACUUAUAUGUGCACCGAAAGGACUGCAUAGUAACUGCGUUUUGCUGGUCUUGUGUGUUACAUUAGCUGAAGCCACAUGCAGCGUGCUUCUGAGGCCUGUAGAGGUGAGUGUUAAAACCAGCAUGGCUUAAUAUUCGAAAUUGAGGCCAUCGUUUAUGACAAACAGAGUGCUGACGGCAGGUUUUAUUCCAUUAAUGUGCAUGCAGGCAGCCUUCUGUGGACAUAAGUCGCUGUUUUUGUUCAAAGAAAUUUGUCUUUUUUCAGUUCUUUCUAGUCUACAUGUUUGCACACUUUGGUCAUCAUAAAAAGAAGUCAUUCUUGUUUUCAGGCACAUUAAAUUCACCGUGGAAAUAUUUCCGUUAUUUUGUGUGCGAGUGCUUUGAAGUGCUACAUUGGUACUCGCUCUAUAGUGGUAUUAUUUCACUCUAUAUUAAGGGCAAAGAAACUGCUGUUGCUGUAUAUCAAGCAGCCUAAAUGGUCAGCCUUUUGUUUUUCUGUUGCUGCAACAGGGAGGUGUUGCUGCUGCAUGGGAGGUGUUUGUAAAUAAAGUGCUGUACAU